GCGGAGGCAGUUUUUGACAGUCAUGUUAUGGUUACAUUAAGACGGUGACACAGCAUUAACCAGCUUUUCACGGCUUCAUAAAGCUGGAAUUAGCAGGAUUUUCCUUUUUUUAAAUCACAUUUUUACUCAGAUUAGCUUUUUUUUUUUUUUUAAUCGCCUCCACUUCCUGUCGCUCGCUCGUCCACCAGUCAGGAAACUUCGCUGUGGAUUUAUUAUUCCUGUAGCAUCAUGGCCCAAAAUAACUCAUCUUUUCCCGUCAAACUUUACAUUUACGAUAUAUCCCGAGGAAUGGCUCGUCAGCUAAGCGCUGCUAUGCUAGGGAGACAGUUGGACGGAAUAUGGCACACAGGUAUUGUUGUCCACGGAAAGGAGUUCUUCUUCGGUGGAGCAGGAAUCAGCCACUGCCCUCCUUCUGGUACCAUACUGGGUGACCCGGAAGCAGUGGUAGACCUGGGCUCCACUGAGGUGAAUGAAGAUCUAUUUACGGAAUAUCUGGAUUCACUGGCUGAGUCAACAUUCAGAGCGGACAGCUAUCACGUGUUUGAGCACAACUGCAACACCUUCAGCAACGAUGUGGCACAGUUCCUCACAGGCAGAAAGAUCCCUUCCUACAUUACAGACCUGCCAUCGGAAAUACUCGCCACGCCGUUUGGCCAGGCGCUCCGCCCGCUGUUGGACUCCAUGUCCAUCAAUCCUGGAGGAACCAACUUCACUGGACAGCGAUAAAUGGAGCUUUAUAACAUUCGUCCCAGCAGCUGGCUGUGCUAGCAGUCAUGCUAACCUGCUAUCAUCAGGGCUCUCUGUCUUUCUGCACCUUAAACUGCCUGCUGCAAACUUACUGGAAGGCAAAGCAACAAACUCAAGAAACUGAGUUCAACCUAAAUUCAGACUAAAUCUGCACAGAAUAGCUAAAAAUUCUCCCUUUAAAGACUUGAUCAACUACAUUAAGCAUUGCUGUGCUUCCCUAAAGGUGCUUUGUACGUUUUAACACAUAAUUGGAUACAAUUGAAGAGAUUUAAGAUUCUAAUAAACUGCUUGAUUUAUACAUGAAAAAACAAAAUAUUUUUCCAUAUAAUAAACUUAAGUAGGAAUUUUGAAUCCUUGCUUUAAAAAGCUUUUCUUCUUCUGAAACGCUGGCCUUAACUCUAACGACCUUUCUCUAAUGGCUGACAGGUUUUACAGCACAGAUUUAGAAAUUAUCCUUUUUUUUUUAGAUGCCCCAGUGUCUCCCUACAAGCUUCUCUGUUUAGCAUUAGUUUUGGAUCAGCUGCAGAAUACCAGGACCUCUGUGAGUUUUUGAAAAGCUUUAUUUUUAAUCAGGAUUUUUGAAUAUCUAUUCAGCUUCAUGUGUCCCUUUAAUUUUUAAAUCACAGGAAAGGAUCAUUUUGAAUGGAGUCUAUACGCACAGUUUGUGUUUUAGUAGUAGGUUUUAAUUUUUAUUUUCGUUUAAUUCCUGCAGCUUAAAGUCAAAUAUUCCACCAAGGUUUAUAUGGCCUUUUAUAGCACUGCCUAGAAAACCAUCUUUUGUAAAAUCAGUUUUAAAGGUAUUCUCUAUUUGUCAUGCCAAACAUUGAUUAUAAAGCACUUUAAUGCUUUGUAAACAUAGGAUAUUUUUGUUUAAAAACCCCGGACCAAUCACAUGACAUACCUCUCCUUUCCUAAUUGUGUUUUUUUUUUGUUGGACCAGAUUAUUAUUUAUUCACCAUCAGAACCAGGUAUUUGUAAAAACAAAACAAGAGGCCUUAUUAAUGGUGUUGGGUUCAACUCAAAUGUAUUAAUGUAUUUUGUUUCUUGAAUAUUAAAGGCCUCAAAGGCAAAAAAAUAAACUCUCUUUAAUUUCAUCCGUCUUAUCUUAUUUAAACUGUUGUUGUUAUGGAGUUUUCUGAGUGAAAUCUAAAAUGUUGAAGUAUAACUUUUACAAAAAGAGUUUUGUCAAAUGUCUGAAAAUGCUGACCUAAUUCUGAAAUAUUAAA